CCUCGCCUAAACUGCAUAAAAAUGGCCGCUUCUAAGGCCGUCCAAGGACUCAAACAUGCUAAACCGAUUUUAUCCGUGGAUCGAAAUGACGCCAGACGUCGUGUUUUAAAUCUGUAUAAAGCAUGGUAUCGCCAAAUACCAGUUAUCUGCAAUGAGUACCAUAUCAACAAGAGACCCAAGGAUCUAAAUCGUUAUCUUCGACAGCAAUUUGACAAAAAUCGUAAUGUCAAGGAUCUGCGGGUGAUUGAUAUUCUCGUCAUAAAGAGUUUGCAAGAUCUACAUGAAACUAAAAAUUGGUGGAAGAUGGCCAAUCAUGUUCUUUACCCACUUCAGGAGUCAGUGAACCCAAAACCUACAGGCUUUCUGUCCAAGUUCCUUGAGGGCCAUGACCCAUAGGGACUCACACAAUUAACAGUUUUAAUUUCAUGUGGUUUUGUUGUGUUAUGAAAUUUAUAAGUACAGUGUUUAAUUUAGUUAAGCAAGAUUACUAUCCUUCGAUAUUAUUAGAAUGAUCAGGACAUAUUUUUGAGCAAGGUCAACUGUUAAGUUUUAAAGGACUUGUUUACAUACAAUUAAAAAUAUAUAUUUGGUUUUUGAAAUUUGUAUGCAGGAGUGCUUGUAAGAACCAAUACAUGUAUAUUAUGUUUGGUAAAAUACUUUUUUUUUUAAA